UACUUUAUAAAUGGAACGGCGGCCACAGGAUUCAACUUAUCAAUGGGUGUUACAAUCAUUUCUUAAUUUGAUGAAAUGUCCAUAUGAAAAGUUCAUAAAUAAGCGGGACUUCAGGAAACUAAAAUGAUUGGAGAACGACACACCUACAAGCAGCAACAUGAAGAUUUUGUCAGUCAUAACAAUGGGACAUCACCAUGGGAGAUCACAGUGAUAGCUUCAGUAGCACCACUCUCUGUGUUUCUCUAUGCUUUAGUGUCUACAUGGCUGUUCAUUGGAACAAGGAACAGAGUGACAGACAGUCAAGCAAAUAGAUUCAUCAUAGACUUUGUCACCAUUGUGUUGCCCACUCUACUUGGUUGCACAGUACUGGCAGACCACAAAAUUAUGAUGUACACUGGGUUGCUUUGUACCUGUGCUGGGCUCCUUAUCAUAAGAGACCAGAGGCCUAGCCAGCAGAAACCUGACUGCAACUUUUUAGAUAUACGGACUGAAAAACGAAUUAUGUUUAUAUCAAAUUUCCGCGCAUAUGUGAAUAUUGCCACUGCAGUAACCAUAUUGGCUGUGGACUUUGCUAUAUUUCCAAGGCGGUUUGCCAAGACAGAGUUAUAUGGCAUGGGUCUCAUGGAUGUUGGAGUUGGAUCUUUUGUCAUUGCUAAUGCUAUUGUUUCUCCAGAAGCAAGAGGCAAAGAAUUAGGAAGAAGGAGUUUGCUGAACAUCUACACUAAUGUUCUCCAGUCCGUCAUGUCAUCUGUACCUCUAUUCCUCCUUGGAGUAGCAAGAUUUGUAUCUGUAAAAAGUACCAACUAUCACGAACAUGUGACAGAGUAUGGGGUCCAUUGGAAUUUCUUUUUUACAUUGGCUUGUGUUAAGGUUUUAUCCACACUUAUUCUAAAUAUACUUCCAAACAAAUACCCUGGAAUGAUAGGAGCAGUCAUCGCAAUUUUCUAUCAGUAUGUUUUAAGUGAGUGGAACCUUACAGAAUAUGUUAUAUAUGGCAGAACUAUGGACUAUGAUGAUCGCAAAAGUUUUGUUAGUGCCAACCGUGAAGGGAUUUGUUCUUGUAGUGGCUAUCUAGCUAUUUACUUUGCUGGUAUACAGCUUGGAAAAUUUUUGUUGAAAAAAAGAGAUAGAUUAAAAGAGUGGCUCUAUGCCUUUGUUGUAUUGGAGGCCUUGACCUGUUUGUUCUGGUUCUUUCUCUUGUUGAGUGAAGUUUAUGUGGAUCCAGUUUCAAGACGAAUGGCCAAUUUAUCCUAUGUGGUAUGGAUGUUAGCAUACAAUCUCCAAAGUCUGGUGACAUUUCUGUUGGUGGACCUAUUGAUAGUGGCAUUACAACACUGGCGGUUCUUGCCUCCUUUGCUGAUAGAUCCCCACAUGGUGCAGCACAAAGUUGGCGUGUCUGAUCUCAUCAAUGCAAUCAACAGGAAUGCACUUAUGUACUUUCUCUUAGCCAAUAUCUUCACAGGGCUUGUGAACAUUUUCAUGGAAACCAUUUAUGCUCCUCCCACUACUUCAUUUUGGGUGCUGGCAGCUUACUUGGCUAUCCUGUCAGGAGUGUCAUUAGUUUUACACAAACUGAAUAUUAAUACAAAGAUUUGGUGAAAUAUGCAUUAUGCUAAUUAAUAUUUAGUAAAUUUGAUAUCAAUACUACUUGAUGUUAUGUGUUAAAAGGGAAUUUCUAUAAUUUUACAUCUUGCUUAAUUUAUAUUGCCAGUUGCAUAUGAUUCUUUUACCUACUUUUUUUUAUAGAAACCAAUUUCAAUUAUUUCCUUAGGUAUCUUUUAAAAUCUCCCAAUUUCAGAUUGAUCCAUUAAAAUGCAUGUCUUUUGCAUAUAUUCUUCUGUAUCAGUAGUGUGAUAAUAUAUCCCCAAAAAUAUUU